CAGGAUAGAGUCGUUCGCCACACCGAUAAGUGAAACAAACAUAAAAAACAGUCAUUUGAAAAUUAAGGGCAAAUACUACGACUGGAAUCUAAAUCGAAACUUGAUCAGGCUUUGGAAUAUUGUCCCCACUCUUUAAUGGCUGUGCGAAGUUGCUGGGUAUUGGCGGGACCUGGAACAAACUGUCAUACACGUCGAUCCAGAGCAUCCCACACAUGGUCAAUCGGUGACAUGUCUGCUCAGCCCUUCUAACCUAAUCCCCAUCUGUGCCUGUGUUAUACGGAUCCCAACCGCUGCCCCCACGCAUCGGAAUUCCACUGCUGCUCCAGACCCCCCCCCCCGCUGUCUCUCUUGGCGUGGCCAAGCCCCUCUCAUUCAGGAUAGCCUCUGCACAGCUCCAUGGCGGGUCGUGGAGGACCGGCGCGACCCAACGGCCUGGCGGCAGGCAACAAGAUCUGCCAGUUCAAGCUGGUGCUGCUGGGGGAAUCGGCGGUGGGCAAGUCCAGCCUGGUGCUGCGCUUCGUCAAGGGCCAGUUUCAGGAGUACCAAGAGAGCACCAUCGGAGCUGCCUUCCUCACACAGACUGUCUGCCUGGACGACACGACAGUCAAGUUUGAGAUUUGGGACACGGCAGGCCAGGAGCGAUACCACAGCCUGGCGCCCAUGUACUACAGAGGAGCCCAGGCGGCAAUUGUGGUCUACGACAUCACCAGCAGAGACACUUUUACGCGGGCAAAGAACUGGGUGAAGGAGCUGCAGAGACAAGCCAGCCCCAACAUCGUCAUCGCUCUGGCUGGGAAUAAGGCCGACGUCGCUAACAAGAGAGCCGUUGAUCUCCAGGAAGCACAGGCCUAUGCCGAUGACAACAGUCUACUGUUCAUGGAGACUUCAGCUAAGACUGCUAUGAAUGUCAACGAAAUCUUCAUGGCCAUAGCAAAGAAGCUGCCCAAGAACGAGGCUCAGGGCGCAGCCGGGGCAGGGGGCCGGGCCCGGGCAGGAGUGGACCUUCAGGAGCCCGCCCCCCAGGGCCGCAGUGGCCAAUGCUGUGGCGGGAGCACUUAGCCAAUAUCCAAUGAACUGACUGAACGAGCCCAGAACACAAAUAUUAUCAAGACAACCAAUCACGGCCUAGAGAGUAACGAUGCGGGAACCGUUCUCACCCCCCCCCCCCCCUCCCAAUCAAAAGGAGACCCUUUAUAAAAUUAUAAGCUAGAGAACUUCAGUGUGACCCUCUCACAUACUCUCUAUCCCUCUCUUUUACCCUCUAUCUAUCCCUCUGCUGUACCUCCCAUCUUCCCCCUCUCACUUUAAUCUAAUACUAACUGGAUUAUGUCUUAACAUUUUCUGUCCUUUUAAAAAAACAUUUUGUCGAUGGAUCAUACCAACUGCUAUUAGCCUUUUUGCCCAGGUGGCAGGUGCAUGUCGCAACGGUUAAGUUGUCUUUUCCUCUUAAAAUAAUUUUCUUCCUUCCAUGUUGGUCUUCCAUAUCUGGAAGAGGGAAAAUAUGUCUUACGUUCUUUCUCUGGAUCUGUCCAUUUUGUAAAUUAAUAUUAGCAUUUGUUUAUUAUUACCGCUGUUCUUUUGGCACGAGUGGGGGAUGAUUAUAUAGGACACACCUAAUGUGGUUUCCGACACGUGUGACAAAUUAAACCAUAAUGCAGUGUGCAUUUUUAUCACCUAGUACACCAGACAGUCAUUUUUAGCAUCAUGUUUUUGAAUCUGUAAGAUGAAUGUAAGAAUACAUUGUAAGACCUGAGGGGGAAAAAAGAUGGCAAGAUUUUCUUGGCCAAAAUGUA